AUGUCGGGUGUACGCGCUGCAUACACCUCAGCGGGUCAGGGCCAUAUAUUUCGUUUCUAUGAAACUCUCUCAGCAGCGCAGCAGCAGCAGCUGCUGCAGCAGCUGCAGCAGCACGACCCCCAUACUUUAAACAAAACUCUUGCUGCUGCACUAGCAGAUAAAAAAAAAAAAACAGAAGAAAAUAUAAACACCAACACAACAAGCUCAGCACCCACCAUCAAACCCCCUACAUUCAUAGAUCUCUCUCCCCUCAACUCUCUGCUGCAGCAGCAGCAACAGCGGCGCCACCACCACCCGCAGCAACACCAGCAGCAGCAGCAACAGCAGCAGCAGCAGCAGCAGCAGCAGCAGCAGCAGCAGCAGGAUGAAGAGGAGCUGGCAGCAGCUUACAAGGGUUUGUUGCAUACAGCAGGGGUUUGUUCUGUUCUCUCAUCGAUGGGGGCCCCCCCCCAACUGAAGGCUUACUGGCGGCGUGAGGGGCUGCGGCUUAUAGACUCCCCCUGCAGCAGCAACAGCAGCAGCAGCAGCAGCGGCAGCAACAGCAGCAGCAGCAGCAGCAGCAGCAGCGAGGGGGUAGAUGUUGCUGUGAAUGUUGCAAAUAAAGUUAUCCGCCGCCGCUCGCCGCAGGAGAGCAUCGGCGUCGUCUGUGAAAUCCUCACAGACUUACCCUGCCUUGUGCAGCAAAAAGAACAGCAGCAGCAGCAGCAGCAGCAGCAACAGCAGCAGCAGCAGCAGCAAGAUCAGCAGCAGCAGCAGCAGCAGCAGCAAGAUCAGCAGCAAGAUCAGCAGCAGCAGCAGCAGCAGCAGCAGCAGGAGCAGCAGCAGCAGGGUGCGUAUCGUUGGUGCGGUGGAGUUGUUGAAUAG